GAAAAGUUAAAAGUUAUACGAACGUUCACGUUCACCCUUUCACCAGUCAUCGACAACAGCAAUAUGGAUCACGACGAAGGUGCCUUUGACAUUAUCGUGAUUGGAACUGGACUCACAGAGUCCAUUGCUACUGCUGCCCUAUCAAAGGCAGGCUUCAAAGUAGCUCAAAUCGAUGUAAAUCCUUACUAUGGUGGAGAUGAAGCGAGUUUAACCCAGGAUGAAUUCGUUCAAUGGCAAGAUCGUCAAUUGGCAGCCAACGACAUCUAUUCUUCGUACUCUCGUUCAUCAAGCGAUGUUCUUCCUCAAUCGAGACAGUAUUCUCUGUCACUCUUACCAUCUGUCAUACCAUCAACCGGGCCUCUGAUAUCGUCCUUGAUUCAAUCAGGCGUAUCUCGUUAUGGAGGUUUUCGCAUGAUAGAGCAGGUCGCAAUGUAUCAUUCAUCUGGGACAGUCAAGGCCGUACCUGGGAGUAAAGAAGAUAUCUUCAGGGACAAGACCAUUACUCUUGUUGAGAAGCGUCGACUGAUGCGGUUUCUAAAGUUUGCAUCUGGAGAUUUUGAGGAAUCAGAAGAGCUGUCAGGAAAGGAAGAACAGACUUUUGUUGAAUUCCUGAAAUCCACUUUCUCCCUGAAUGACGAUAUCUCGAAUGCCAUCACCUACGCUCUUGCAUACUGUCAAUCACCGUCAGAUCCCACUGCUCCCGCGCUGCAGAGAUUGCGUCGCUAUCUUCAUUCGGCUGGACGUUAUGGCGCUUCCCCUUUUCUCGUGGGUCAUUAUGGUAGCGCUGGAGAAAUUGCUCAAGGUUUUUGUCGUACGUCAGCGGUUUCGGGAGGAGUCUACAUCUUGGGACGGAAUAUUACUUCUGUGAAGUGCACAGCAGACGGCGAGUUCCCAGAUCCGGAUCGGCCUUCAUAUGUUAUCCACAUGGAUGAAUUUCCGGAGCCUCUAACUUGCCGGGUCUUAAUUUCCUCCUCAAGCCGAAUUCCUCAAGAACUCCUCCCCGCUACCCAGCUCUCUAAACUUCGGGAAGCCCCCGAUAACGUCACGACGGCGAGAUGCAUUGCCAUCAUCGAUAAACCGUUAAGAUUCUGUUCAUCCUCAAGCCAGGAAGCCACUCCAGUGACAACUGACAAUGAAGAGUUUGUGGAUAAUUUGUCUGACCAGUCACCGAAGUCGAUGGACACAGGGAUCCUUAUUUUCCCUCCCUCUUCGCUUCAAGGCGGAGGAGCACUGUCCACCGUUGACGUCCUGAUCGUAGGAGAAGGAACAAUGUCGACACCUCAAAACAAAUGGAUACUAUAUUUAUCAGCGCUCAAUCCUCGCGGUGAAUCUCCGGAAACACUGCUCAAGCCUUAUCUACAAGCCACCCUCAGGUUGCGAGCAGAAACGUCCCCAGAUUCGGAACCUCUCACGCCUAUCUUCACUUCGUUUUACAAUCAGCGGUCACCACCUCCAGCACAUGCAUCUACUCCCCGUUCCCCUUCUACGACCUCCUCUACGAGAUCGUCAGUUCUGCCAAACUACAUCCUUGUUCCACAGCUUUCUCUUCAGCCACUGCCUGAACCGCCGGAUAUCGCAAAUGUUAAUGCGGAGAAAGUGUUUUGGGAUGCGAUGAGGUUUCUUAGACCGCAAGCUCUCAGUGCUGAUCAAGCUGAAGGUCUAAGCUUCUGGCCUCCGCUCCCCAGGGAUGAGGAAGACGAUGAUGACUCGUGAGGUGGAACUGGGGUGUCCAGGGACGUUCAGGAGUUCGGUGGACGGUGGCGCAACAUUGCUUGGCUGCGUUGUUUCAGGAUAAAUUGUUCCUUGGAUGAGUUGUCUUAGUACAUCGGGAACCCAGGGUAGCGUUGAGUGUAAAGCUUGUACAAAUGAUAUUGACAAUGCGGGAAGUGUAAUCCGGUGGCGAGGUGAUCGGUACUUAGUAUUCGAUCCAGGCCCAGUUCCCAUAAACUCCCAGUGUAAAUAAUUUUAUUACAUGCUUCUUUCUCCGAC